AUGAACUGGAAGAAUGGCGGUCAGAGUGGGUGUGUGUACCACGGUGGUGAGGAGUUAUACGAGAUGCAAGGGAAAGUAUUGGGGAUGUUCGGCCUUAGCAAUCUGCUACAUGCUGACGUGUUCACCAAGACCCGGCAAAUGGAAGCCGAGGUUAUCGCAAUGACGCUCAAUCUGUUCAAUGGUAAGCCGGAUGAAGGAGCUUGUGGUUCCGUAACUAGCGGCGGAACUGAGUCAAUUCUGCUGGCGAUGAAGGCCUAUAGGGACUGGGGAAGAGCGGAGAUGGGUAUCACUGAGCCCAACAUCGUCAUACCUCGCAGUGCACAUGCUGCUUUCAUCAAAGCUGGACAGUAUUUUGGCAUAGACGUUCGGAUAGCUCGGCUUAAUGAGGAGAUUAUGGACGUUGAUCUGAAUCAUGUCGAAACAUUGGUGAACAAGAAUACUGUCGCUAUUGUGGGCAGCUGUCCGCAGUUUCCUCAAGGCGUGGUGGAUAAUAUAGAAGGUUUGUCGAAGAUUGCGUUGGAUCACAAGACUAAUCUCCACGUGGACGGCUGCUUGGGAGGAUACCUCUUACCUUUUAUGGAAGAGAACGGCUUCCCCAUGCCAACGAGGUUCGAUUUCCGCGUCCCGGGCGUCACAUCCAUUUCCUGUGAUACCCAUAAAUACGGAUUUGCCCCUAAGGGCACCAGUGUGCUCAUGUUCCGGUCGACUGACCUCCGCAAGUAUCAGUAUUCUACUUGCAGUGAAUGGCCUGGUGGAAUCUACGGCACUCCAACCAUAUGCGGGUCAAGACCAGCAGCUGCCGUCGCAGCGACUUGGGCGACUUUGAUGCACAUCGGAAGAGAUGGGUAUAAAGAAUCAUGCAAGACAAUUGUGUCUGCUGCUAAGCACCUCGAGAAGGGAAUCAACGACAUAGAGGGAGUUCGCGUGUUGGGCCGUCCAAGCGUUUCGGUGGUGGCUAUUACCUGCACUAAUGGGGUUAAUGACUAUGACUUUGCAGAAUGGUUGAAGAACAACACCAAGACCCAUUGGAACUUGAACAUGCUGCAGAUGCCAUCGGGCGUUCAUAUAUGCGUCACACGUCUGAACGCUGAGAAAAUGGAUGAACUGUUAACGGAUAUCGAGGCUGGUCUUAAGGCGGAGAAGGCGAAGUUAGACGCUGGUGUGAAGAGCGGGCAUAGUGGUAAUGCAGCCGUGUAUGGUUCCGCAGCUUCGGUCCCGAAGGAGCUUGCCGACAUCGUGGUGGCCAAGUACCUGGAUACUUGUUACAAGGCGUAG